AGUAAAUAAAGCAUGGCAGAAUCUCCAAUGAAUCCGAACUACAUUUACACUGACCAAUACCAAGAAACUGACUCUAGAGAAGAGAACUUGAAUAUCUUAGAAGACUUUGGUGAAUUUUUGAAUGAAUAUGAAGAUACAGCAAGAGAGUGAUUGAAGAUUAAAAAAAAUACGAUUAAUGAGCUCCAAGAUUGCUUUAGAACUGACCAGAAAACUCUUUGGAAUAAUUUCACUCAGAACUUAACAAGCAACCAGAAGAUAAUCAUCAAAAAUGCUUUAUCUGAUGAUUCAGAUAAAGAGAAGGUUAGCAACAGAGAUUUAAAUGAAAGGCGGGCAUACGAGCAUUUGAGCGCAAAAUAUUCCCAUCUUGAUAAUUCAUUAGAAGAGCAAAAUCCAAUGAUGGGGCAAACUAUGAACAGCAAGUUCGAGAAAGAAUCUAUUCAUUCUCAUCAGGCUAAAUUUAGCUCUUCAGUUGGCUUUAGAGAUGCUAAACCACCAUUUAGAGAUAGGAGUCAAGGGAGAAGGGAUUAUUUUAUGAGAUCUCCUACUUCAAAUGCAGAGAAAAUAGAAGAAGAUAAUCAUAAAUAUAUCAAUAUCAUUAAGACUCUAUUCUCCAACUAUCACAAAAUUUCUCAGAAAACGAGUGAGAAGCUUGGCUUUACUCAAGAACUUAUCUAUCAAAAUGAGGAACAUUUGGUAGAUCUUGUUGAAAAUACUGAUAGAUUCUUGAAGGAUCUCCAAGAAGCUGGAUUUCAACCAGAGCUGCCUGUUUUUGAGAAUAAAUCCGAUCUUAUUCAUUCUCAGAGAAAUGAAACAAAGAAAAUAAUACAGGAGCUUGAUGGUAUGUUGGAGCAAUAUGGAGAUUAUCCUGGAAGAAGAAGAUUUCUCACUCCAAAUCAGCCAUAUAGAACUUUUAAUAGUGCAAAAGCUCAAAGAAGAGGCUCUGCAAUUGAACAGCAGAUGAGCAUGGAAAAAGAGUCAGCUCUAAUUGACAAGAUAAAUAACCUCCAUCAUCAACUUCAAAGCAAAGAAAGUGAAACUGCCCAGAGAUAUGACUCUACAAUAAAGCAGUUAGAGAGAAAGAUAAGAGCUGAAGUAAAGUCAAGCAAAGAUCAUCAGAAUAAAUAUAAUCGCCUUGUAGAAGCUUCUAGUGAUUUCCAAGUUGCUUUGAAAGACCUCCAAAAAGCUGUAAGGGGGAAAAAGUAUAACAUUUCUUCUUACAAAAAGAUCUUUGAGCAAAAAUCUAAGAACUUGACUAACGAAUUGCUUAAGAAUAGAAAUAAAAUAAUGGCUUCUACAGCAUACCAAAAAGACUUUUAUGCUACUUACAACACUGUACUUAGUAGUAGAGGGGCUAGCCCUAAAACUAACCCAAGAGUUAAUUCUGAGCAAAGAGUAAACCCUAAAAAUCUGAACAGAGUUUACUACAGUAAUGAGACUACUGACAAAGAUGAUGAGAUCGAAAAAUUAGUUAAGAAAGUUUCAAAACUGACAAAACAAAUUGAAAAUUAUAAGCAGAAAGCAAAAGAAGUCAGUAAGGAAAGAAAUAUCCUACAAGAAUUAUGAAUGGAGAAGGAUGCAAUGCUUAAAGAAAAGAUCAAGUCAAGGCAUAAAGAUAGUAACCAAGACGACUCCUUCUCUGAUGGAGAGUCGGGGUUGUUGGAAGUUUAUAAGACUAGACUUAAUAAGGCAGAGCAGGAAGUAAGCGACCUCAAGAAAGAGAUUAGAAAGCAAAAGGAGAAUACAAAGGAAAUUACUCUUAGUGCAGAAGCGAGUGAAAAUACUCACAAAGAAAAACUGAAAGAAUUAAAAAUUGAGGCUGAAGAAAUGAUAGAGGAUACUCAAAAAUCUUUAGAAGGUCAAAUUAGAACAAUCACCGCUCGACUUGGAGAGAAAGAAAAGAGACUGGAAAGGGUCAUUAAAGAAGUGCGUCAAAGAAUGGAAACAAUAGAGUCUGGAAAGUCUUCUAUUGCUAAUCAGACAUACGAAGCAGAGAUAAAUACUCUGACAGAAAAGCAUCAAAGAGAAAUUAAUUCUCUUAAAGAGAAACUAGGAAAUGCUAACGUAUUAGAAAAACAACUUGAAGAGAUGCAAGAGAAUCAGCAUGAAAUUGAAAGCCUGAAACAGACUCUACAGAGCAAGACAAACUUGAUCGAAAAGUUGACUCAAGACAUUGCUGAUAAAAAUACUGAAAUCAAUGAGCUAAGCGAUAAACUUAUUGAAGAGCAACGAUCAAGAUCAAAGGAGAUAAAAGACCUAAAGAUUGAGCUUAGUGAGACUCUAAAACUUGAGGAAGAAAAUCAACAACUCGAUGCAAAGAUUGAAAGUCUGAAAGAGCAGAUCAAAGAUAUUAGAGCUAGAACUUCUGAUGAAAUUAAUGAGAUUACUCAGGAAAAAGAUGAAAUCAUUACCCAAUUGCAUACUGAAGUUUCUUCUCUUAAGAAAGAUUUAAGAAAAGAGACCCAAGCUCAAAAGCUAAAGGAAGAUGAACUAUCUGAAAAACUGAGAAUUGAGCUUGAGGAAGGAUUUUCAAAAAUUGAAGAGGAUUUAAAGCAAAAGAUUAAAGCUCAAAAAGAUGUAGAGGCAACACAUCUUUCUCAAAUCGAGGAGCUAACUUAUCAUAAUGAAAGUUAUGAAAGCAAACUCCAAGAAGCAGAGAGAAAGUAUAAACUCAAGCUCUCUGAUUUAGAGCAAAAGCUCUCUCUAAAAUCUUCGGACUAUGAUGAAUUAUGAGAAACUUUGGAGGCUCAAAGACAAGAAUAUACCCAAAACUCCACUCAAAAAGAGAAACUCUUAGAGAAUGAUCUUGAGAAGUCUAAACAAGAAUUAAAGGACAUUACUGAGAGCUAUAAGCAGAGGGAAAAAGAGUUUGAUCAGCAACUCAAGCAAAUCAGAGAAGAAAUGGCACAGUCAGUCUCUGAAGUUAAAACAGAAAAUAUUGAAUUUUCAAGCCAACUUAGAGAAAAAGAUGAUGAAUUGUUGGAGUUAACUACUAUAAUAUCUGAAAAAGAUAGAGAGAUUACAAGGCUUCAGAAUAAGCUUGAAGAAGAGAAAAAGCAGAUUUCAGAUGUUUACACUAAGAGACAAUCAGAAGAACUUGGAGCAGUUAAAAAUACUCAUCAAAAACAAAUUUCUGAUCUGAUGCAAAAACUAGCAGAUGCAAAAACAGAAUUUGAUGAGUUAAGUAAUGAAAAAGAUGCAACAGAUACUGAAGUAAAAGAUCUUAGAAAGAAUGCAUCUAAGCUCCAAAAAGAAGUUGAAAGGCUAAUUUCUUCAAAUGAUCAAAUUACACUUUCUCUUUCUGAAGCACAGGAAGAACUAUCUCAAUGUCAACAAAAUUCUGAUUCCAGUCUUUCGACAAUAAAAUCUCUUCGUAAAGACCUUAAAGAUGCUCAAAUGGCAAACACAGAGUUACAAAACGAAGCUGUGGUGUCUGCCGAGAAGAUUACAAAACUUGAGUCAGAAAUAAUCUUGCUGAAUUCCAAAAUAAACAGUCUUAAGAACACAUUACAAGUGGCUCAGGAUCAGAACAAAUUUAACAAAGAUCUCGAAGAGGAAAAGAAUGAGUUAAGCUUAAAGUGAGUCAAGCUAGAUAAGGAGCACAGAAGAUUACAGACCGAACUUGACAAGAAAGAAUUAGAAGAGACUAUGAACAAGAGGCUUAUUCAAGAUCAAGAAAUUGAAAAUAAGCAGCUAAAAGAUGAUUUAAACCAAUUAAGUCAGAUGCUAGCUAGUAGUGAUACAGACACCAAAGUUAGCGACUCCCUCAAGAAAUUUAUGGAAGAUGCUAAGAGAAAAGAGGACCAUAUAGAGCAACUACAAGUUGAUUUCAGAAAAGAAAGAGAACAGUUUAAUACAACAAUUCAAAAAUUAAAGAGUGAGUUUAGAGAUAAAGAGGAUCAAGUUGAAGAACUUACCAAUGAAAUACGUCACUUGAAUGAAUCACUUAGUAAAGAGAAGAAAAAUCUUAAUGCCCAGAUUGUUCAGCUUCAGAAUGAACUAGAAGAAGCAAAUGAUGAGCUUACAAGAUCUUCAACAGACCAGACUGGAGCUGAAGCUAAAUACACAUCAUUAAAGAAAGAUCAUUUGGCUUUGAAGAAGAGCUUUGAAGAGCAAUCAGUCUUGUUAGAGGAUGCUCAAGAUAUGAAACAUGGUGUAGAGACAAAGCUUAAUGCUCUCAAAACAUCAAUAACUAAGAAAGAUGCAGAAAUUGACACUAAAAAAUUAGAAAUUAGAAAUUUGGAAUCAAAAAUAAAAGACUUAAAGAGUGAUCUAGAUGACUAUGAGGAUACCAAUAAUUCCCUUUCAGAUGAUCUCACUAAAUCUAGAGUAGAGAACGGAGAAUUAAAGCAUAAAAUCUCGAGACUUGAAGAAGCCAAGAAAGCUCUAGAGGAUGCUAGAGAGCAAGAUGACAGUACUGAGCUGAUUUCAACAAUGGGAGACAAAAUAAAUGAGCUUGAAGAUGAAAAUAGGAAACUUAGAGCAACUGUCAAUGAUCUUAAUGAAGCUCAAUCAAAAUUAGAAACUGAGAUCGGUCAGUAUAAGCUCAAUCUUGAGAGGAUUAAAAAGGAGCAAGCUAAAGAAAAAGAGCAGCAAACCAUUGAAAAAGAACAGGCUAUUGGAGAGGCAAGCGAUUUACUAGAGCAAUUUAAUGCAGAAAAACAUUUAUACAAAGCUAAAAUCAAAAAGUUGUUAAUUGAAUAUUGCGAUUACAAUGAGAACUCUUAUAAUAUGAGCGACGAAGAAGCCACAUUAGACGAUUUUUAUGAGAUUUUAGAGAAAGAAUUAAAAUUAUUCACAGAAAGAAUUAAAGAGGAAUCUCUUGAUAGGAUAAACAAAAUUGCUUUAGAUCUUGAGACAGCUCAAAAGCAGCAAACAUCAGUAGAGGAGAAUCUUGAAAAAGCUGAAAAAGAAAAUAUAGAACUUCUGGAAGAAAAGAAGGAUCUUACUUUUGUAAAUGGAGAGCUAAAGGAGCAAAAUUCCAAUCUUAAAAUUGAAAUAGAAGCUCUUGAAUCUAAAAUCCAAGACCUAGAACAAAGAAAUGAGCUUCUUUCUUCUAAUCUGACUAACCUGAAUUCCCAAAGAUCUAAUGAAGAGAGCUCUUUACAAGAACUAGAACAAAAAGUGUCUACUCUGACCAUUGAUAACAAGUCUUUGUCUUCCAAAGUAAAUAAAUUAGAACAGCAACUUGCAGAGAAAGAAUCAGAUCUAAAGGAGAAAUCUAAGAUGGUUGACACUAAGCAGGAAGAAAUUGCUCAGAAGAACAAAAAUAUAGAAGAAAAAUUAGACAAAAUAGAAUCCCUCAGAGAAAUCAUUGAGAGAAUGGAGGACGAUAUUGACACAUUAAAGGAGGAACUCAGAGAGGCUAAAGAAGCUGAAAAGGCAGCUUUAGAAACAAACCACCAAGAGGCCUCUCAAAACGAAGACACUACAAAAGAACUGAAAGCAGAGAUCAAGAACCUGCUUAAAGAAAUAGACGAACUUCAGGAAGAAAAGAUUGAAAUUAAUGAAAAACUUAAGUUCACUGAAAAAGAGUUAAAGGAUGCACAAGAUAAAAUUAUUGAAUCGAAAAAUCUGGCUGGAGCAAACAACGCCCCAGAGAGUAGCCGUGACACUGAAGAAGGCAAGGAAUUCAUUGAAAGAAUGGAUGUUGUCGAGAGAAGAGUUGAUGAAAUCAAACACAGUAUUGGAGAAAUGAAAGUUCAAGCGUUUGAUGAACUCAAAGAGCAAUAUGAACAAGAUUAUAAACAGUUCAUCAAGUCUUGAGAGAAAAAGAUCAUCCAGAAAAAUAUUGACGAGAAAGGUAAAAUUGCAGUCCUGAAAGAGCUAAAAGGAUCAAUGAAUGACUCUAUCAGAGUCCUCAAAUGUGUCACUCAUGAAUCUCAAGUUUGGUUCUUGAUAGAGGAAGAUAUUGAUGACCAAGAAGUUGAUAUUCCUCAAUACUGGAUUAGAGAGGUAGAUCUUACAGCAGAAGAAAAGGAAUAUUUACAUGAUUUCCUACCGCAAAGUAUGAGAGAAGAAGAUAUCACUGAAAAUCAACAAAUUAAUAAAAUAGUAUCAGAUUAUUCAGACAAGCUGACUGACCUUAGACUGGAGAGGCUAGAACUUUUGAAAGAAUGCAGAGAGAUUAGAUUUGGGCACAAGAUUUCAUACUUUUGCCUAAACGAAUCCUUUGAUGAAGAAGCUGAAGAAAAAUUGCAAGAAUAUGAUAUUAAAAUUAUUGAAUAUGAAGAUGAUAUCAAUAACCUCCAAGAGAACAUGCAAAAUUCUAAAUUAGAGAUCAAUGAUCUUCAGAUCUCCAAUCGAAAAUUGGCUAAACGGGUCGAAGAACUGAAUUCCAUCAUUGGUAAUAUCAGCCAUGGAACUAAUGAAACUGUAGAAAAUUUCUUGAAAAAUUAUCAGAAAACCAAUGACUUAAUGUACAAAAACAAAGAACUUAUGGAAGAGCUAUCCAAUAAAAAUGAUGAGAUAGAAUCCUUAAAGAAUAGCUCAGCACCAGGAAAAGAUUUCUUGUCAGAGAAAGAAGAAUAUAAAUCCAAUGCUUCCAGAGAAGGAUCUUCUAGGCCUGAGUUCGAUGUCCAAGAUCUCAGUCUUGGAGGAUCAAAUAAAAACAGGACAAUAGAUAAAUCCGAUGACACCUUCGAUCUUAGAUCAAAAGUUUCCAAAUUAGAAGAGGAUAACUUAGAUCUAAAGAAAUUGAACAAUAUAAUUAUGGGUCAAAAUCAGAAGCUGAAAGAUGAGAUUAAAGAGCUUGAUGCACAGAAAUUCAACAAUACAAACAUUAAUGACAGUAAAGAAACAGAACCAGAAAAGGGGGAGAAAGAAAUAGAACACAUCAAGGAUAUCUUGAUCAAGUUCCUUAAAGAGACUCCACUUACUAAUAAAAAUAAUGAGAUGCUACUCCUCACUGUGUUCUCAAUGCUUUAUUUAAAUAAGCUGCAGAUUGAUGAAAUCCAACAAUGUAGAAGACUAAUAACAGCUCAAUAUGAAGAUGACAUCAAGAAAAAUAGAGGAGCACGAUCAACCUCAGGCUCAAAACCAAGGAAAGGAUUUUGGAAUAGACUCAGAAAUAAGAAAUAAACUAGAUAAUUUCAAAUUUAUUCAACAGA